GGCAAGCCUAAGUUGCAACUUGCAACCCCUCGCCCCGCCAUCCAUCGCUAUAUAUAAAGUGCCCCAUCGAGCGGAGAUGGAUUCAUAUUCUAUUCUACAGUUCAGCGAACAGAAACACAAUACCGCAUAGUUAGCAAUGGCUUCGACUUACUCCGCCUCCAUCACCCUCAACACCGGUGCGAAGAUCCCCGCCGUGGGACUCGGCACCUGGCUCAGUGCUCCCGGAGAGGUCCGGGAGGCCGUCAAGGCCGCUCUGCUGGCUGGAUACCGCCACAUCGACGCCGCCGCCAUCUACGAGAACGAAGCCGAAGUCGGCGCCGGAAUCAAAGACUCCGGCGUUCCGCGGGAGGAGAUAUUCCUCACGAGCAAGCUAUGGAACAACAGCCGACUAGCAGCGGACGUUCCGCUGGCGCUCGAGGAGUCGCUCAAGAACCUCGGCACGUCCUACCUAGACCUGUACCUGAUCCACUGGCCGGUGAACUUCGCGUCGGGCGCGAACCGGUUCCCGCAGGACGCCACGGGCAAGAUCGCGCUGGCCGAUAUCCCCAUCGCUGAGACGUGGAAGGCCAUGGAGGACCUCCUGGCGACGGGCAAGGUCAAGGCUAUUGGGAUCAGUAACUUUAAUAAGAGGCGCAUCGAGGAGCUGCUGCAGACCGCGAAGGUCACGCCUGCCGUCAACCAGAUCGAGGCUCAUCCCUGGCUGCAGCAGCACGAGCUUAUGGCGUACCUCAAGGAGAAGGGUAUUCAUGUUACUGCCUACUCGCCGCUGGGAAACAACAUCUACGGCAAGGCUAGAGUCCUGGACGAUCCGGCUAUCAAGGCUAUCGCCGAGGAGGCGGGCACGAGUGUGGCGCAGGUGUUGAUUGCGUGGGCUGUGGCUAGGGGGACAAGUGUUGUGCCGAAGAGUGUACACGCCGACAGAAUCGCCAGCAACUUCAAGCCAAUCGUGCUCUCAGAAGAGGCAAAGAAGAAGCUGGACAGUCUCGACAAGAACCAGCGGUACAACGACCCCAUCGAGUGGGGCUACGAUGUGUUUGACCUGCACAAGGAGGAGGAGCUCGUGACUGCCAGCGACGAGUACGCUAAUUCGCACCCGCUGAAGUAAAAUGGGGUUUCUCUGCCUGCCUGUCUGUACUUGACUGUAGCUAGGGAUUAGGAGCAAUGGAAC